AUGGCCAUCAUGUGCAGCAUUUUAAGGUUCUUCGAGAAAAAUCUGGAAUUUACUACCUGUGGGAAACCAAAUUUGGCUCGCUCAAUGAACUUGUGGAAUUUUAUCGAUCGAGUUCCAUUGCCAAGACCCAUCCGGUGCUACUACGGGAUGAAGAGGAGAAGGUAA